AUGGCUCAGAAUUACACGUUUCAGGGCUGGAUGGGCCUUGACAAGAACUCGGCAAAAGGCAACAUGGUCUGGCAGAGUUACACCCCAAAGCCCUUCGAGGAAACUGAUGUCGACAUCAAAAUCACCCAUACGGGAAUCUGCGGAUCCGACAUACAUACGCUUAGAUCCGGUUGGGCUCCGACCCUCUAUCCUGUCUGCGUGGGUCAUGAAAUUGUUGGAACCGCUGUGCGCGUCGGCUCAAAGGUAGAAAACGGAAUCAAAGUGGGAGAUCGCGUGGGCGUAGGCGCUCAAAGCCGUUCUUGUCUGCGGCCGGACUGCGAUGAAUGCACCCAUGACAACGAAAACUACUGCCAAAUCAAGCAGACAGGGACAUACAAUUCAAAAUGGCCCGACGGAUCUAAAUCUUACGGCGGGUACGGCGAUUAUUGGCGCGGCCACUCCCAUUUUGUCUUCAAGAUCCCCGAUGCGUUGCCCAGCGACGUCGCAGCACCAAUGCUUUGUGGUGGUAUCACUGCGUUCGCGCCGUUAGCACAGCACGGCGCGGGCCCAGGAAAACGGGUGGGUAUCAUUGGAUUGGGUGGACUGGGUCACUUUGGAGUCAUGGGGGCGAAAGCAUUGAACGUGGACAAGCUCGUCGUGGUUUCUCGCACUUCCUCGAAAAAGGCCGAUGCAUUCAAGAUGGGCGCGGAUACCUUCAUCGCCACGAAUGAAGACAAGGACUGGGCACGCACGCAUCGCCGAUCCCUGGACCUCAUCAUCUCGACCGUUUCAGAUGCUCACAUGCCUUUUGGUCAAUAUCUUCAACUUCUUCGCGUUGGGGGCACGUUCGUUCAAGUUGGCGCCCCUGAAGAUGACAUUCCUUCCGUCAAGGCAUUUACGCUCCUCGCUAGGAAGAUUAACAUCACGGGCUCCUCGAUAGGUUCUCCGAAAGAGAUCAGGGAGAUGUUGGAUUUGUUUGCCCGCAAAAAGGUGUGGACGUGGACCAACAACUACCCGUUGAAAGAGGCCAACCGAGCGAUUGUGGAUAUGGAAGAGGGCAAGGCACGGUACAGGAUCGUGCUUGUUAACGAAGCACAUGCCCGUGAGAGUCGUCUAUGA